GAGAGAGAGAGUCACAGAGACUGAACCUACUUUCAUGCCGUCAGUCUUGCGAACUCUGAAAUGGACGUAAGAUUUUAUCCAGCAACCCCUGCUAGCGUGGGUUCGUUACCAACCGAUCCAACUUGCCUGAGCUCUUUGGACUAUUACCACUGCAAUAAGAACAGAUACAGCACAGGCGAGCGCGGUGUUAGGCUCCUCCACGGCACACUGCCAAUGUGCCCCAACCCUGGCAGGAAAAGACUGCCCUCUACCAGGUUUGAUGGUGACAACAUGUACUUGAAUGAAAAUAACCAGGAGUUUCUUUCUCCCAAUCAGAACUACUCUAGCCAGGGAGGAGGUGAUGAAGACUAUGAAAUCCCUCCUAUAACCCCUCCCAACCUUCCAGAGCACUCUCUGCUCCACUUGAUGGACCCUGAGUCUGGCUACCACUCCCUGUGUCACUCCCUCCCACCCAACGGCUUGCUGAACCCCUACUCCUACCCAGAGCUGCCAGCCAUCAUGAUGGGGCUGGGGCAGGACGGACAUCUGCUCUCCAGCCAAAUGCCCUCUAUCCAGGAGAUGGCUCACCAUGACGGCUCUCAUUAUGACUCCAGUCACCACAUCCCUCUGAUAAACAGAUCACCUAGGACACUGUCACAUCACAUGACCGCUCUGUGCCAAUCCCAGCUGAACUCUCAGGUUGGCCUGCGAAAUUCUGUUGGCCACGGUUCCCCCUCACCUCCAGGAAGUAAAUCAGCCACACCCUCCCCUUCCAGCUCCGCCCAGGAAGAGGAAGCAGAUUCCCAUUCUAAGGUGACUGGCGAGAAGAGACCCUCCUCAGACAUGGCGAAGAAACCAAAGCCCCAGAAAAAGAAGAAGAAGAAGGACCCCAACGAGCCGCAGAAGCCGGUCUCGGCCUAUGCUCUCUUCUUCAGGGACACCCAGGCAGCCAUUAAGGGCCAGAACCCCAAUGCAACCUUCGGGGACGUCUCCAAAAUAGUGGCCUCCAUGUGGGACACCCUGGGGGAGGAACAAAAGCAGGCAUACAAGAGAAAAACAGAGGCCGCCAAGAAGGAGUACCUGAAGGCACUUGCCGCGUACAGAGCCAGCCUGGUUUCCAAGAGUUAUAAUGACCAGGUGGAGGCGAAAAGCCCCCAAACAAGCCAGCCUUCACACAUGAUGCCACCAAAACAGCCCCUGUACAGCGUGCCACCACAAGCUUCUUCAAGCUACCUGGGUCCCGGCUCGUUCCCCUUGUCUGACCUUCAGAGCUACGCCGGUCCCCAGCGCCACAGCCUCUCCAGGCCCCUGAACCAGUCGCAGAUGUUGCCCAGCAUUAGUGCCUCGCCACCCACCACAUUUCAGAUCAGCCCACCCCUGCACCAGCAGCUCUCCCUGCACCAGAGCUCCAUCCUCAACCAGCCAAUCCGCAUGCAGCAGGUCCAGUCGCAGCCAAUCAUCUCCCAUCAGAUGGGGCUACAGGCUUCACUCCAUUCUCCCCCUCCUGGCCAGCAGGGUUUUCCUCACAUUCAGUCAGAGUACCAGAACAACGUUGGCUCCCAGUCUCCAGGAUCAUCCAACCCUGCUGGGGGACAGAACCAGGAAUGGGAGAGCGAGUACUGCAGUCGGGAGUGUGGAGUCAAUCACUGCAGCAUGUUACCAAGGGAUAAGCCACUCUACCUCACUUGAAGCUGGGACAAAUUGACAAAAAAGGACAUCUGGGAACCCCCAUACUAUAUAUAUUUUUUUUUUUAGAAGGAUUUCAAGCAAGUCCUAAAGACUACUAGUAAGCCUCUUGCCAAGCACUUAGAUUCACAGGCCUCAACUGAAGCCUGUGAGAGCACUCCUGUUAUUUUUAAACCAUGGGCCUCCUUUUUUGGGUCAUUCAGCUUUAAUAUGUGAAGACAGAAACUUGUUUUUUGGUUGUUAUUUUAUUUUAAAUGUUUUUUGGGUUUUUUUUUUGCUUGCCACCAGCUUUGCCAUGGACUUUUCCUAUAGGGAAGUAAAUGCUUGUAGAUUCAACACAGGCCUUGGUCUAGUUGGCUAAAUUAGGCUGGAUCCAUAGAAGUACAUUGUGUAAAGUUGCUGAGAGCACUAAGUCUGUGCAGAGAAAAAAAUAAAAUAAAAAUAAGCAAACUUUUUGUGUAUCAUAACAGACCUGUCAAGGUUGAUUGAUCUGUCACAGUGUGAUUGUAAAUAUCACUUUUUAUGGAUGAAAUUGGGGAUUGAAAUCCAGAUCAUUUGUUUUAUUAACUCGGAUUUACCAUUUCGCUUAUGAAUUUUAUGUUUUGAAAGUUAGAGGAAUGUUAUUGUAAUGGAGGGUUUCACACAGUAAAUAUCAUGUUAAAACUGCGCUUCUCCCAGUAAAGGCUGAAAUAAGAUUAACAGUUUGAAGGAAUUCUUUGUCACGUUGCCUGUCUGACAACAUGACUUGACAGGUCUCUUCUGUCAAGAAUUACCGCUAGUUACUAUCCCAGCCUAACAGACUUCUGUCCCCAGCACAGCUUGUACAGGUGAAAAUGAUAAAUGUGAAAUAUUACUAAAGAUAAACAUAACAGUGGGUUUAUAGUUUUCAGGUAGUUUUACUAAGUGUUUUAGAAUUGUGUUGAAUUCAUCUUUCUUUUUUGUGAAAACAUUUAAAAAAAAAAUAAAAGAACACAUUUUAUUUUCUAGGGCAUACAUUUUAUAUUCACUGUAGCACACUUUUAAGUUUUUAGAAAUUGAUUAAGAGGGAAGCUAUAUUAUUUGUGUAUAAACCUGCCAAAUGUACUUCUUUUAUUUGUAAAGCCAGUGACAAGGACAAUUUUAUAUCUGUGUUGUAUGGCAUUAUACUAUUCAUUUUACUGCCACUUGCCCAUUGUCUAUUUAAUUUUAAUGACUGGUUUCUAUCUAUUUAUGAACGAUAUGAAGUAACAUUUUUAGUUUUUUCAUUUUGUUUUUGUUUAUUUUUUACAUUUCUUGUGCUAUGGUGCUUUCUAACAGCAUCGCCACAUUCAUUUUGUGUCACAAUGCUUCUUUUUUUUUUCAUUUGU